AUGCCACUGCCUACUUCAUCGAUUUACGAGCCGACUUCGGCUGGCUUCACUGGCUUUCCUUCAAGGAGGAGUGUUGUUCAUAGCACGGAGGGUAUUGUUGCGGCGCCUCAACCUCAUGCUGCGAAUUGUGGUCUUGAGAUUUUGAGAGCCGGUGGUAAUGCAGCUGAUGCAGCUGUGGCAGUUGCCGCUGGCUUGAACGUCACAGAGCCUGUGUCCACCGGUAUCGGUGGCGACAUGUUCCUCCUCUACUUCGACGCCGCCACAAAGCAAGUCAAAAGUCUCAACGGCUCCGGCCGCUCAGGCUCAAAGCAGACCAUCGAGAACAUCCGCAAGAGCCUCAACAUUCCCGACGGCAAAGUCGGCGAAAUCCCAACUCAUCACGUUCACGCCGCUACUGUUCCUGGAGCAGCAGCCGGUUGGGUCGAUACCGUUGAGCGAUUUGGCAGUGGAAAAGUUAGCUUGAGCCAGAUCCUCGAACCAGCGAUCAAACUAGCUGAGAAUGGAUUCCCUCUUACUGAAAUCGCUUCUCAUUCUUGGCAAGCUCAAGAGAAGCUUCUCCGUGAUGCUUCGCCGAAUUUUGCAGAGAUGCUCAAGAAAGACGCCUCCGCGCAAGAUGGCGUGAGAGCACCCCGUCCAGGUGAGGUAUUCAAGAAUCCCACUCUCGCUCAAACAUUCAGAGCUUUGGCGAAGGAUGGUAAGAAGGGUUUUUACACCGGUCGCAUCGCAGAGGAGAUCGUAAAGGUCGUGCAAGACCUCGGAGGAUAUCUCGAACUAGACGACUUGAAGCAUCAUCUUGAAACCGGUACUCAAAACACGGAACCCAUCUCCGUUAAAUUCCGCGGCCAAGGCCUCACAGACAAAGACCCCAAUGGCGGUGUUGAGCUUUGGGAACAUCCCCCCAACGGCCAGGGGAUCGUCGCUCUCAUGGCGCUGGGUAUAAUCGAACAACUCGAGAAACAGGGAAAGAUUCCAAGAUUUACACCAGAGGAUCAUAACUCAACGGCCUACCUGCAUGCUAUUAUCGAAGCGCUGCGUCUUGGCUUCACAGAUGCAAGCUGGUAUGUCACCGACCCAGACACCACCAAAGUUCCCACCGCGGGCAUGAUCUCACCCUUAUACCUCGCCGAACGCGCCAAGAUCUUCUCUGCGUCAAAAGCCCACGACGGCGUGCAGCCUGGAAACCCUGAUUUCGUAUCCCCUGCUCUUCAAAGUAGCGAUACAGUUUACUUCACAGUUACUGACUCGGCUGGCAACGCUGCUUCGUUCAUCAACUCCAACUAUGCUGGUUUCGGAACGGCAAUCAUUCCCAAGGGCUGUGGCUUCACACUUCAGAACCGCGGAGCGAACUUUUCGCUGGAUGAGAAACAUCCUAAUAAGCUUGAGCCGAGAAAACGACCUUAUCACACGAUCAUUCCCGGCAUGGCUACGAAUAUCAGCGAUGGAUCUCUACACUCUACGUUUGGUGUAAUGGGCGGAUUCAAUCAACCCCAAGGAACGAUCCAAGUUCUACUUAACCAAGUUCUCUUCGGUCUGAAUCCUCAACAGGCUCUUGAUGCACCGCGAAUCUGCAUUGGCGCCGGUAUGCCAGACGAGGGCAACGUUUUGGACUGGACAGUUCAUGUGGAAGAGGGUAUUUCUGAAAAGACUGUCGAGGAAUUGAAGAAGCUGGGGCAUAAUGUUGUUGUGCUUAAGGGGUGGAAGAGGGCUAUGUUUGGGCGGGGACAGAUUAUCAGAUAUACUGUUGAUCCGGAUGGAACGCCGGUUUGGUCUGCUGGUAGUGAUCCUAGAGCUGAUGGUGCAGCAUAUCCUCAGUAA